AUGUCUCGCAAUUCCAAGCUAACGUUUGCAGCGUCAUGUUUGUUUGCCACUGUCUGUGUCUUUGGAGUUCAUUACAUGCAAGAACUGGAUGUUAAAACUCGCAGAGUUGGUAUUCUUCGAGACGAUGUUCGUCGAAGUGAUAAGCGAAUUGAGAAUGAGUUGGAAAUGAUGAAGCAGGAAGAGCUUAGAAAGCAGUUGGAGAAGAACCAGUCUGUUACAUCAAGAUCGUAUCUGGAACAGCAGGACUCUUCUGGAUAA